GGUUUAAAGUCAAGUGGUUCUGAGUUGGGAUUUUGUGAGUAAAAAUGGCGUCUCUCCUUUCGGGUGGAAGAAUCUCGUCUCUCAUGCCCUCUGGAGCUCUCCUUCGAAAUCCAAACCCUAACCCUAGUUUGCCUCCUUUCCCGAAACGAACACACCGUCGCAGCGUUGUGAGUCUAUCUCUUCUCCCAUCCCCGAAACCCCUUACUUUAACCCUCCACAAAGUAAAACCGCAUAAGCUUCGGUUAUCUUCCUCUAAACUUAGGGUCUCUGCCUCUUCUGCUGCUCCUUCAUCUCCCACAGAGCGAUCAACAGAAUCAAACCCUACUUCGACUCUCCUAUCAGAUUCAACACGCACGGUCGCGACUGUUGUUGCAGUCGCUUUCUCUUUAUCCAAAUUAUUUGCGGACAUGAUUCAGGGGAUUUUCAUUAAGAUUAAGAGAAUUUGCAUGAUUCCUACGGCGGAAGAGCUGGCGACAAUUCAAAACCUUCAGGAAAACCUAGUCUGCACAGUGGGACCGUUGUUCUUUGCCGCUCUCCGUGACCGUCCGACUGGGUACCUGAACACUCCGUUGACAGUUGUUGCCGCUGGCAUGGCGAAGUGGCUCGAUAUCUACAGUGGAGUAUUGAUGGUGAGGGUUUUGCUCAGUUGGUUCCCUAACAUUCCAUGGGACCGCCAGCCUUUGUCUGCAAUUCGGGAUUUGUGUGACCCUUAUUUGAAUCUCUUCCGCAACAUCAUUCCGCCAGUAUUCGAUACCUUGGAUGUCAGUCCGCUUCUAGCGUUUGCCGUUUUGGGAACACUUGGUUCAAUCUUGAACAGCAGCCGGGGAAUGUAUUGAGGGCUUUCCGACGAAGUCCAAUUAUUCUUUUACCUGCUGGGUCAUAAAGUCAUAAUUAUUUGAGGCUUGAAAGAUGGAAACAGCUUCGCAGUUAUGGUUUCUGCUGAAUGAGCGAUGUAGUCCGAGUAAGGAGUCAAAGAAGUUUUUUUUUUUUUUUUUUUUUCUCUUUCUUUGUUAUUUUUAGGCUUAUUUUAUGAUUAUGUUAUUUUACUUUAGACUUCCUACUGGGUAUAUAAUGAUAUAUUUUUUGCGAUGUAA